GUUGUUAUUGAGCAUAACGGUGUCUUCUUGAUUUCAGCUAAAGCAGCGUGCUUUAGCUCAAGUCUUCGUCAUCUGUCUUGACGCCUUUUUGUUCGAAAGAAUGACACCCUGUAUCUGAUACCUUUUUGGUGUCUUCGGGUUUGAGUUUCUUUCUUCAACCCAACGUGCUGAUUUGUAUUGUUUGGAACAGAUGACAGGGGCGUCUGUUUCUUUUGGGUAUCUUAUGUGAUUAAAUUUCGUUCUUGAGCAGUAUCCUUUAUUUGAUUUGAAUAUUGAUAGCCGCAUGGGAAAUUGGGUCAGUGAUCCCCCUGUUCGUUAGCUGAAUUCUGUUUCUUUUGUGUGAAGAACGAUGACAUCUAGCCUGACAUUUGCUCCUCUAGGCUUAAGUAGUUGCUGGUGUUCCGGGAGUGACGGAGGCUUUAUUUUUGGCUAGACAAGCUUCACUGGCACAAGAAAAAGAUAAGUCUAGUCAGACUCCGAUGCUCUAUAGUUGUCGCAUUUGUGGCAAAGGAUAUAGAAGUGAUAAAGCACACGCUCAACAUCUGCAGUCGCGAAGUCAUAUCCUGAGGGCUUCGCAAGGGGUGAACCUUGAACAUGGGGAAAAGACAAUUAUUAGACCACUACCACCUCGUGUUCAGAACAGGCCUACUUCACAAAAGGAGUCGGACAUUGCAGAAAGCGAAGAUAGUGAAGAUGAGUGGGAAGAAGUGGAUUCAGAGGAUGACUUGGUUGGCGAAGCUGCAAACUCUUUGAGUGAACUGAAUGUAAAUAAGCUGCCCACUGACCAUGGUAUGGAAGAUGAUGCCGAUGGCGAAGAUUUCUGUGAAGUGGAUCCAUCAUGCUGCUUUAUGUGUGAUCUCGAGCAUGAUAGCAUAGAAUUGUGUAUGGUUCACAUGCACAAGCAGCAUGGGUUCUUCAUCCCUGAUGUUGAGUAUUUGAAGGAUCCAGAGGGACUUCUUACAUACCUCGGCCUUAAGGUGAGAAGGGAUUUAAUGUGUUUGUACUGUAAUGAGAGGUGUCAUCCCUUCAGCAGCUUAGAGGCAGUUAGGAAACACAUGACAGCAAAAAGUCAUUGCAAAGUUCACUUUGGAAAUGGUGAUGAUGAUGAGGAAGCAGAGUUAGAAGAGUUCUACGAUUAUAGCAGCAGCUAUGUGGAUGAGGAUGGGAAACAACUGGUUGCCUCAGGUGAUGUGGGAAAUUCUGCGGAACUUGGAAGUGGUGGAUCUGAACUAGUCAUUACCAGAAGAUCAGACGCAGGAGUUUCAACCAAAGCGCUUGGCUCACGGGAAUAUUUGCGAUACUACCGCCAGAAACCCCGUCCAUCGACUGGGCAUAAUGCCGCAAUCACUGCUGCACUGGCCUCGAGGUACAAGAGUAUGGGAUUAACUACAACCGUACAGUCGAGAGAACACAUGGUCAGGCUGAAGGUGAUGAGAGAGAUGAAUCGAUCAGGAGUGGAGGCGAUGCGCACCAAAAUUGGGAUGAAGAGUAAUGUCAUUAGAAAUCUGCCGAAAAAUGUUCCGCAUUAGACGAAUGGAAUUUGUAUUUUAUCUAUCAUGUUUUUCAUUGGCCUAGUAUACAUGAGUAUGUAAAUGACCCUUAGGGAAUCAGGCUUUCUGCCUUUUGGUGCUAAAGGAUCUGUAUUUCUUAUUAACUACAUUGAGCAGUAUCAAAUUUUUGGGUCUCUUCCAAAUCUGUUGCGCUUAUA